GGAAGUAUUGUGAGAUUUGGAAUGAUAUGCUUUGAUUAAUGGUUGGAGGAAGAUUUCACCCGACAGAACAAUACUAUGAGCAUUUCGUCCGUUCAUUCACGAAAUCGCAUACAUUCCCACGAUUAUUUCACGGUGCAGUUUCAGCUAGGAGAGAGAAUAAAUCACGGAAAAAAAUGGUUCAUGGAACCGGAAGUUUUGGUAGUGGCGGGGGCGGAUUUAGCGGGGGCGGCGGAUUCUCCACAACAAUCAUGGCACACAACUACUCCCACUCUUACCGACGUCACGGCCAUGGCGACGAUUGCGACUGUUCGUGGAUUUGUGUUUGCUUCUGUUGUCGCGGACAAUCGUUUCAAGUUCGAAUACUAACGUUGUGGACUUGGCUAAUAGCUGUAGUAUUAACUACCUCCUUAGUUACUCUGCUUCACGUAAACAAAGAACAGAAAGUCGACGCAACCGUAACAGAUAUGCGAAAAGUUCCGAAAACAGCAUCGGAAAGUUUUUGCUCAGGGGUGACCAUUACGUCACAUGAUUCAUCAUUUACUGCUUUUUUGAUUGAUGGCGAACCGGUCGUCAGCGGAAAUGACGUUCAAAAUGUCACGUUUCGGAAGAAGACAAAUAUAGCCUACAACAAUUAUGAGUACUGGGGAUUUUACCUUUUGAAGAACUCCAUUAUUGAAAUAUCCUCAUGUCCAGAUUCUAUUCUUGAUUUUAUGAUUGUUCGAGGCGAAGAGAGUUUCAACAGAUUUAAAAAUGACGAGUGUAUGUACAGCUGCAGUGUUUUCCAUAAAAUGUCAAGCUGCACCUUUGAUAGACCAGAUAGAUUUCACUAUAAAAUUCCGGGAGAUGAUGAAUAUUACUUGAUUUAUGCUAAUCGCUAUAUCCUACUAUUUCCAACUAAUCUUGCAGUCAAUUUUACUUUGGAAAAGCGGAUCUAUGAUCUCCAAAACAGCGUCGCUAAAUGUUCUAAUUCUCAGAGUUCUCAAUCUUGUACGCUUCAGUUCCCCUCUCUACAUUCGCACCCAUCCAUCGUGCUCAAUGUUACCUCGAGCUCAGAUCUAGAGGGCGACGCUGUUAUUAAAGUAGCCUGCAUUUCGAAAGACUGGGUUUACGUUAUGUUAUUCUUCAUCCUCCCUCUUGUUGUUGGGGCCCUCGGGACGCUUUUAAUUGUCAAAAAAUAUAGAAAGAAACCUGACAUUAACCGUGCGAUGACAUCAACUCAGUCCUCGGAACCCUUCUCACCCCUGCCCCCGGUAUUGGAACAGUCCCAGUCUGUCGAGUCAGGUCGACACGAGUCGGGGUAUGGAACCAUCAUGGCGCCUCCUAAAUAUGAAGAAACAACCGGAAAACCCCCAACUUAUGAGGAAGCCACAAAAAAGUGAAAGUGAUUUAUAUACUAAAGAAGGGAUCUAUUGAGAUAAAAUGUCUUCUUUUUCAGUGUUUUUACCUUUCAGAGGAGUUAAGGCUGUGAUGUUAUAUACAUUUAAAUAGUUUGAAAACGCAAAAAGAAACGUAUUUUAUUAAUGUGAUAUUCAAUACUCGCGAGUCUGUUGGUUGCAUUUAUGAUUUAUGUUUUAAUAAUUUUAUCACUAGACAUUUAAUAAAAUAUGUUUAAUGAUAGUAACAUUCAUUUCUUACUUAUGUAUUCUAAUGAAAUUACAUUUAUAUCUGUCGAUUGCUAAUCAAUGAAAUAUAGAUCAUAAUCUAAAGAUAUUUAAUUUCUUUCAUAAACUUUUUAAAAAAUAUUAUGAGCAGGAAUGGGGUAAUGAUAAUAUGUAAAUGUAAAUGAGUGCAAUUAAUUACUGGUUCUGGUGUAAUUGCAUUAAUUUUCAAUUACAUGUACACAUAAUUGUAAUUCAGUUUAUUACUUAAAAAAAGCUUGUAAUUUAAAUUACUUUGCAUUUAUCUUCAAUUACACACUGAUGUAUAUAUGAAUAAGAAAGCUGUCCACUACUCAUUGUCCAUACAUUAUCAAUAGUACAUUAGAAAUAAAAUGUAUAUAAUGAAGGGAGAUUGUAGGAAUAUAGGGAUAUUGGCUUGAAAUUUAAAAAAAUGAUGUUUUCAUGGUAAAAUUACACGAAAUAUGUGUUAAGUUUAAACGACGCCAUUCAGCAAUUUGGAAAAGGGGGGGGGGGGUCAAUUUGAUGAAAAUCAAUACGUGCAAAUAACUAUUUAUCUCGUCACUAUCUAUUUCACAUCUAUUUCAACAUCAGAGUUCAUUGCAUCAUUGAGCGUUUUGCAGUUUUGGUUUAGGUUAGGAAGAUUUGCACAAUUUCUAGCCUAAAAAACCCCAAGUGUCCAGCAAUGAGAAAGUGCUUCAAUGCUUAAUAGAACCCCCCCCCCCCCCAAUUAAAAACAAAAAUAUAAUUCAGACUAAUUUAAAUCAGCAAUUUUAAAAGCAUUUAUUUGAGAUAAUUACAGUAUUUAUAUUAUAAAUUGGAAAAAUUGCCUUUAAAUAGGCAUGAAAAGUUUUCCAAAACAUUCAUAUGUCCCAGAGAAAGGGGGUUGCGACCUCCGGAAACCUCCCCCCUCUGGAUCCGCCACUGAAUUACAUUUCAAUACUAGUUACACAUAUCAAAUAGCAAUAAAAAUUGUUAAAUAUGUAGCAAGAUCAAAGGUU